UUCUACAUUUAAAAUGAGAGUAAAAUAAUUUCGGCACGAGACUUUUGAAGAGCACUCUCAAAUCUCAACCUGGGGGGACAAUCAUGGGGGUAGCCGUUGGAAAGUCGCAAAAUCAGUGUUACUCGAAGACAAACAAAACAACUCAUAUUUGUUCAAAAUGCGUUUUCCGAAACUCACACAUCAUGAUGACCAACGAGACUUGAGUGUGAUGCUUCCAGAUACGGUUAACCGUUUCUUCUUUUUUUCUGUUUCCAUUUCUAAUCAUUCUUCUUAUUUUUCCAUUUUUGUUCACCGCAUCACGUUUUUUUUCACUCUACUUGAUUCAUAAUUUCGUAACCGAUAUUCGUAGCACAAUUCACAAUGCAAUUUCACGUUCUUCAUGCUUUCGUUCUCUCAACCUAAAUUCAUAUAAAUUUGAACUAGGUUAUGCUAUUUGCUUGCUACAUUACUUUUCAAUUUCGUUCAAUUCUCGCUUCUUGUAAUCAGUUGUUUGAGAUGGAAAUGUUUGGUUCAUUAGCUGCAGGUGGAGGACAUGGAAGUACUGGAGUACCUGAACCCUUUUUGAUCCCUCAGUUGUUUGUUUGGCCUCAUGGAGGAACAACUGUGUUUAUUAGUGGUUCUUUCACAGGAUGGUCGACAAUUAUACCUAUGUCUCGGAUCGAAGGCCAGCCAAAUGCAUUUCAAGCUACUUGCAGCUUGACACCGGGGUUUCAUCAGUACAAGUUUAAUGUGGAUGGUGAGUGGCGGCACGAUGAGCACAAGCAGUUUAUGCAUGCGAGCUUUGGAGCAGUGAAUACUAUUUUUGUUGAACAACCAUAUAUUUUACCUUCCAUCUUAAAUGCUGGAUUAUUUAGUAAUCACGGAAUUGCUGGAACAUCUAGUGGAUCCCACAUGGAGCUUGGCCAUUUUGUGCCUGGGCACAUGGAAGCUUUUCCAAGGGAGUCUGCCCUGCAUCUCUCUCGCUACCAUCUAUCUAUAUUCAUGUCAUCAAAUACUGUGUUUGAUUUGAUUCCCAUGUCCGGCAAGGUUGUUGCGUUAGAUAUAGAUUUAUCAAUGCAGCAAGCAUUCCAUGCUCUUUAUGAACAGGGACUAUCUGUGGCUCCUGUGUGGGAUUCUAGCAAGUGCAAGUUUGUUGGAAUGCUUAAUGCAAUGGACAUUAUUCAAAUACUGAAUCAGUUGGGGAGUCAUGGAUCCACUAUGACUGAAGAACAACUUAAGACACAUACUAUAGCAGCAUGGAGAGAGAUAAAAUUUCAGCAAUCUGGAACUGAUAGUAGCGGGAGAACAUAUCCUUGGAGGUUUGUUGAUGCUGUGGCCGAUGAGAGUCUAAAAGACAUUGCUUUAAAACUUUUGCAAAACAAGGUGCUAGUGGUUCCUGUUCUAGAUUCUUCUUCCAAGGAUGGUUCAGUUCCUCAGCUGCUACACAUAGCUUCACUCACAGACAUUCUAAAAUGUAUAUGCAGGCAUUUCAAGAACUUUUCUGCCUCUUUGCCCGUUCUUCAACUACCGGUUGGUUCAAUACCCUUGGCUAAGUGGGUGCCAAAAGUGGGGGAAUCCAAUAACCAGUCACUUGCAAUGCUAAAGCCAACUGAUUCUCUUAGCGCUGCUGUAUCUAUAUUGAUUCAAGGUGAAGUUAGCUCAAUACCAAUUGUGGAUGAUAAUGGUUCAUUAAUUUAUAUAUAUACAAGAAGUGAUAUUACUGCACUGGCUAAAAAUGAAGUGUAUGCUUGCAUAAGUCUGGAUAAAUAUUGUAUCUAUCAGCAAAUGUUUCGUGAUCACCGCAUACCAUACGGGCUGAGUGACCAAAUACUAUAUCCUGUGUGUCUGAGGUCCGAUACGCUGCAAUUGGUGGUGGAACGUUUGGCUAAUUCUGAUGUUGAAGAACUUGUGGUGGUGGAGGCUGGCGGCAGCAAGCGCGUGGAAGGGAUCAUUUCCAUAAGAGACGUGUUCAGAUUCUUGUUGGGUUAUUAGUUGCGAAUGAAAUUUCAGUGGCUGCUUUGAAAAACUAUGAAAACUUGUUCUUUAUGCAUUUUGUUUCAUUCAUACUCUUUAUGGUUGCAUGCGUACAUUUCUGCUUGCUUUUUUACCCAUGUAAUUGAGAAGGAUUCUAUGAUUCCAUCAUAUUUUUUAACUCAUCUUCUCGUUCAUAGCA